AUGUCGGAAGCGACUACACGGACGUCCGCCUCGCGCGGCAGAGGCUCUGGCCGCGGCGGUAGAGGAGGUUUCGCUGGUCGCGGCGGCCGACGAACCAAUGGCGACAAGCCCGACCAUAGCACCACUGAUUCUCAGGGUGCAUUCGAAGACGAAGGCGACUUUGGCGAGCUUCGAAAGCAAUACGGCGAUAAGACUUCGGUGAUCAGAGAGAUGUUCCCCGACUGGUCUGAGGCCGAUGUCCUCUUUGCUCUCCAGGAAACCGACGGUGACGAGAACGAAGCCGUCACCCGCAUCGCUGAGGGUACAAUCUCGCAAUGGGGUGAAGUCUCAAAGCCUAAGAAGGCUUCUCGAGCUAAGGCUAAGGAUCAAGCUCCCGCACCUUCGAACGAUGCGACAUCUGCUGGGCCUCGAGCUACCCGUGGUGGCCGGGCUGUAUCUGAAGGAGGCCGAGGUCGAGGCCGAGCUACAGAGAGAGGAGGCCGUAGCACACGUGGCCGACCUAUCGCUGCUCCCAUUAACGGCGCUGGAAGCAAGGAGAACGCAACAUUGUCCAUUCCCACAGAGGAGUCAUCUGCCUGGGGCACUAAGGAACCCAAUGCGGAUACUCAAGAGGAAAAUGAGCCCGUUGCUGAACAACCUGCUCCCUCUGCCGAGGCCGCUAAGCCUGCUGCUCCCGCAAUGAAGACCUGGGCAAGCAUGCUCCGACAGACUGCUCCUCCCAAGCCUCAGCCCAAGCCUAAGGAGGCACCCGCCGCUCCCCAGCCAGCAGCCGAGACCGCUGAACCUGAAUCUGCCCCCGAACCUCUCGAACCCGAGUCCCAGGCUGUGCCCGAGCCCGAGCCUGAAACCGCCUCCCCCCCCGUUGCCGACGAAGUCGAGGAGACUACUCCUGUCGCCGAUACCGCUACCCCCGCCGAAGUUCCCCAAGUUACUGUAGAGCCCGAGGUUGCUCUUCCUCCCUCUAAGGAUGAGCUUACCGAAUCAAAUCUUGAACAGGUUGUUGACGAUUCCAAACCGCCUCCGGAAGGUACUGUCGCAAGCACGGCCGCUGACUCAUGGGACCCUCGACAGAACCCCGGUAGCAUUGUUGCUACACCUAUCUCAGCAGCUCAGCAGCAGCACGCCCCUCCCAGCGGCUUCGCCGCAACAGCUGCCAAAGCUACGGCUGAGCGAACCACUCGCUUGCCCAGCCACCACCACCAGCGACGUGUACUUGACCAGGAAGAAGCUGUGCGAAUGCCUGGCAACCGCGAGGUUGACCGAGCUGCUGUUCAGUUUGGAGCUUUCAGCCUGAACGGUGAUGAAGACAUUGAUGGCGACCGAGAGGAGCCUGAGACCAGAGCUCAGCCUCCCGCCGAUUCACCUGUCACUCAUCCUCGCACCUCGCUUCCUCCUGCCACCCAACCCGCCGUCCCCGACUCUUUCGCGCAGAAGCCCGCUUCUGCAGUCGCCCCGAUUGCGGCCCCCACUGCCCCAGCAGCUCAAACCCAGGCUCAAACCCAGGUGCCUGGCCAAGCUCCCGUUUCCAGCGCUCAGCAAUAUGGUCGUUUCGGCCAGGCUGGUGCUCAGGACACCAUGGCAGCUGCGCAGAAGCCACUGGAUCCCUUCAGCCAACAGAGUGCUCCUUCUUCUCAACCUCCCUUCGACAACUUCUCUUCGCAAACCUCUCAGGCCCAACAACCUGGUGGCGCUUUCAGCUCGGCCCCCAGCGACUACGCCUCUUACUACACCGCAAACCAACCCGAUCGAAACCCCUACAACUACUACGGCCAACAAUUCGGCCAGCAGGGAGGACAGGGACAGCAGGACGCCACUGCCUCCCAGCAGCGAUCUUUCGGCAGCUAUGGAGCUUCUCAGGCGGAUAACCUUAGCCAGUAUCCCCAGAGCGGCCUGCACAACCAGCCUCGAUUCGGUGGAAGUGCUGUUGAUGCUCAGAACAGUGGCAACAGUACUCCUAACCCCACCACACAGGCUGCUCAACAGCAGCCUCAACAGCCAGGCCAGCAGCAACAGCAGCCCGGCCAGGGAUCUCAGCCCCAGUCACACGGCCAGCAGUAUCCCGGCUACAACCACCCCUACUACAGCAACCCUUACUACCACCAGUAUUACUCUGGAUACGGCCAGGGCGGAUUUGGUCCAUAUGGAAAGGGCGGUAUGUACGGCCAGCCCUAUGGCAUCUCCCCCAACGCACCCUAUGACCAAGCUUCGUCUCCUGCUGGAUUUGGCCAGACUUCCCUCCACCGGGACAGUGGCCUUGGCUCUGGCCUCGGUGACUACGGCCGCGUUGCUACUACCCAGGCUGGCAGCCAGCCAGGCCUCGGUGGCAGCUCUUUCGGCAGUGUUCAUGACACCUUUACCCGCGGAGCCUCUUCUUUCCAGUCCCAGGGCCAGUCUUUCAACAGCCCUGGCCAACCUGGUAACGCCACAGCUGAUGAUCUGAAGCCUUUUGGCGAUUCUAAGGCUGCCUCCGGUCCUUCUCCCUCUCUGGGCGGAGCCCGUCCCGGAUCGGCCACCAACGCUCCUGCUGGACAGAGCGGUCUCCCGCCUCCCCAGAAUGUCGGUGGUUACGGCGGCUAUCCCAGCCACCUCCAAGGCCACGGUCUUCACGGCAGCAAUGCGUACGGCAUGGGCGCCAACGCUGGCGCCAGCCAGCACGGAAACAGCCCUUACGGAUCAUACGCACAGGGAUUUGGCGGUAGCGGCUACUAUGGUGGUGGCGGCGGCGGCCAGCAGCAGCAGCAACAACAACAGCAGCAGCAGCGAGGAGGCGGCGGCGGCGGCGGCUGGGGAGGCAACUACCACUAG